UGCGCGCGCAUUAGGUUGUGACGUAUGACGUUGUGAGGAGGACGUCGGCUUCACAAUGGCGGAAUACUUGGCCUCAAUUUUCGGUACCGAGAAAGACAAGGUUAACUGCUCUUUUUACUUUAAGAUUGGAGCAUGUCGUCAUGGGGAUAGAUGUUCACGAUUACACAACAGGCCUACCUUCAGUCAGACUAUUGUGCUGCUGAAUCUCUACCGAAACCCUCAGAAUACAGCACAAACUGCAGAUGGGUCUCACUGUUUUUCAGGUCAAGUUACUGACGUAGAAGUGCAAGAGCAUUAUGAUGAAUUUUUUGAGGAAGUAUUUACUGAGUUGGAAGAGAAAUAUGGUGAAAUUGAAGAAAUGAAUGUCUGUGAUAACCUUGGUGACCAUCUCGUUGGAAACGUAUAUGUUAAAUUUCGUUAUGAAGAAGAUGCAGAGAGAGCAGUGAAUGACUUAAAUAACCGUUGGUUUAACAAACAGCCAAUUGUCGCUGAGCUGUCCCCUGUGACUGACUUCAGAGAGUCAUGCUGUAGGCAGUAUGAGAUGGGAGAGUGUACCCGAGGAGGCUUUUGCAAUUUCAUGCACCUCAAACCUAUUUCUAGAGAGCUCAGAAAGGAGCUGUACGGACGGAAAAGGAUUAGAAGAUCUCGUUCUGAGGACCAUCAUCGUAAUGACAGAGACAGGAGGAAACGAUCUCGUUCCAGGGACCAUAAACGUUUUGGCAGGUUCUGAAGGCUCACAUCCCAUCGGAGACAUUUUUUUAUUUCCAGUUUUGUUUUAAAUGUUUGUGUUUAGUAUCUUUAGCUCCACAGAAGCAGCGGUCGCAUGAGCAUACAGGUACAAGGCUCAAGAUAUGAAGUGCUUUAUUGAGAGGAACAUUAAUUCCAUCAGAGCUGAUGCAAACCAGUGUAAAAAUGUUUCAACCCUCUGUCACCAGGAAGUCAUCUUGUAGGGUUGCUGUUGGUGAGCUGAAUUGCCCAAAACAGAGAAAGCUACCGGUGAAUAAGUGGUAUUCAUUGAGUUUGCCUUCUUCAGCUGAUGAAAUGAGGAAAAAUUCCUUCUGGAAUGGAGGGCUUGCUCCCGUAAAAUUUGACAGCACCAUUACUGUUGUGACAUUGGACACUAAUGACCUCUCAUGUAUUCUAUAAAUUGAACAGUAAUCUGAACGAUUUAGGUUGCUGCCUUGAAUCACAAGACCUAGAGGAAGGUGGAGAAAAGCAUACAGCAUUCCUGUUUCAUAUUUACUAAGUAAUACAACUCUGGAUAGUGUCAAGAGAAUUUUGGUAUACCCAAGUUUGUGUAUGGUUAUCAAGAGCUUUUACAUUGGUUAUUGGCCACCAUUGCAUACUUAAGUAGUGUGAUACCGUUACUCUAUAUCCUGCUCUGUAUUACAGGCAGAGUCCGUGUCUGUAGAGGUUAAAAGUGGUAACGAGUAGCAUCUGAAGCAGACAUCUGAUCCCUAUGAGGAGUGUCUAUAGUCAUUGAAAGGGAAUGCCCAGCUAUUGUUGACGACCCCUGUCUAUUAAUGGAUGUUCAUGCCUUUUUGAAGAUUUUUUUUCCCCAAAAACAGUGUGAUUAGGAAUCAAAACAAUUUGUACAAGUUUGUACUAGUGGUUUAGGACAUAUGAUGUAGGAGUGCUGUCAUUCUUUAUUUCCUUACAAAUGCUGUCUGAAAAUUACUGUUGGAACACGUCACUGAUACAUUCAUGUGGAAAGAUCUUAAAUUGAAAAUAAAAGCAGUUUGCUUUCUUUUUAA